GUAUAGUGUGACAACAUGACAACAAAGGUGACAGGUCACAGAUGGACAAAGGCAGCCAUCUUUCCAGAAGCUCUUCCUAACAUAAAUCCAGGUGGCGUUCUGCCCUCCGAGGUUUUGUCAGUCAUGCCAUUGCCGCGACGUCGCUCCUUCAUUUUGGGACAGUCGUCCGAGCGACUAAACGCCGCACCCGGCAGGGUUGCUCCGGGCAGCCCCUCGUCGCGGGGUGUCUUUGUGGGGACUGCGUCCCCAAUGGGCGGGAUGUCCAGCCUGGGGACACGGGUGUCCCGCCGGGCUCUGGGCAUCAGCAGUGUCUUCCUGCAGGGGAUGAGGAGCACCACUGUAUCGGUUCUUCCCCGGGCAGGAGAGCGGGUCGGACAGGGUGCUGCAGGGGGGGCCGAACCGGGCCUGAACACCUGCCUGAUGGAGUACCGUGACAAAGUGCGAGCACUGGAGCAGCUCAACCAACAGCUGGAGGAGCAGAUUCGGUUAAGCUUGGACCGCAAGGCGUCCCGCGCCGGUGCCUGGGGUCCGCUGAGGCGGGACUGGGAGGAUGUCUACAGGCAGGUAAGUGAGGCCAUCUUGGACAACGCUCGGCUGAUGCUGCAGACUGAGAACGUCCAGGCCAACGCAGAGGACUUGAAGGAAAGGUACGACAACGAGCAACCAUUUAGGAAGGCGGUGGAGGAGGAGAUCAGCUCCCUCUACAAGGUCAUUGAGGACGCCGGCCUGACGAGGGCGGAGCUUGAGCAGCAGAUAGAUGACAUGCGAGCUGAACUUGAACAACUGGAGCGCAAUCACGAGCAGGACGUCCGUCUCCUCUACAGUCAGAUGUGUGGACGUGAAGUGGAUCAGCCAGAUGCUCCUAUUGAAACCAGUCUGGACCAGAUCCUGGCCUACAUCCGCAACCAUUGGGAGAAGGUGAUGGAGAAGAACCGAGCCGAGACCGACAGCUACCCAGAAUGCAAGGACGCCAAGUCUGUGAGCCGGCUUAGUCCGGAAGAGGAGGAGCUUGAGGCGUUGAAGGUCCAAUGCUCUGAUGCCGGCUGCAAGAUCCAAAGUCUGCAAGCAGAGACUGAAUCUAUUCGCGCUCUGAAACGCGGCCUGGAGAACUCACUGGGCGAUGCUCGCCACUGGCACGACAUGGAGCUACAGAACCUUAGCUCUGUGGUGUCCAAGCUGGAGGCGGAGCUUGUGGAUGUGCGCGGCGAGAUGGAACAGCAGCGCCGAGACUUCGACGCUCUGCUGAGAAACAAGCAGCAUCUGGAGGACGAGAUCCAGCUCUAUCACUGCAUCCUGGACGGAGAGGAACGCCGCUUCCCGCCUGCCGAGUCUCUGUGCAAGGACAUCGAAGGACCAUCCAGGACUCCCGUGGGUUCAAACUCCAGCAUCCCUCCUUCGGUACCCCCAAUUGGGACCUGCAGUCAACCUGGUUCAGUUUGAGUUAAUCACCCCGCAUGCUGAGGAGUCACAGGAUCAGAUUUUUACUUCUUUGUGGAGGAAAUAAACUUUGUUUCCAA